CUCUUCCUGCGUUCACCCCCCUCUCCAUCUCUCCUCACUCCGGACUGAAGUUGCGGGGCAGCCGGGAGCGGGCAGUGCAUUUUCUCUCUUUUCAUUUCGACACAGAGUCUUCUCCUUAGCCAACCUGUAUGGUGGAUAUAAUAUUCAACUCUUCUUUUUUGGAUGAUAUGGGUGAUCAUUCCAAAAAGAAAUCCGGACUAGCGAUGUGUGUCGGCUGUGGCAGUCAGAUCCAUGACCAGUACAUCCUGCGGGUCUCCCCCGACCUGGAGUGGCACGCAGCCUGUUUGAAAUGUGUGGAGUGCAAUCAAUACCUGGAUGAGACAUGCACUUGCUUUGUACGAGACGGAAAAACAUACUGUAAGAGAGAUUAUGUAAGAUUGUUCGGUAUAAAAUGCGCAAAAUGCAGUUUGGGAUUUAGCAGCAGUGAUUUGGUCAUGAGAGCUCGGGACAGUGUUUAUCACAUUGAAUGUUUUCACUGCUCGGUGUGUGGCCGGCAGCUUUUGCCCGGGGAUGAGUUCUCUGUGCGGGACGAGGAACUGCUGUGUCGAGCAGAUCAAGGUCUGUCUCUGGGGCGCGGAUCAAAUGGAAGCCCACUUAGCCCGGGAAACAUCCACAGCAGAGCUUUACACAUGGCAGCUGACCCGGUGUCGGUCCGACAAACCCCACGUAGGAACCACAUGCACAAGCAAUCAGAGAAGACCACUCGGGUGAGGACAGUGUUGAACGAAAAGCAGCUGCACACUUUACGGACGUGCUACAACGCAAACCCGCGUCCAGAUGCGCUCAUGAAAGAGCAGCUGGUGGAGAUGACAGGCUUGAGCCCGCGAGUCAUACGAGUGUGGUUCCAAAACAAGCGCUGCAAGGACAAGAAGAGAUCUAUCUUCCUGAAACAGUUACAACAACAACAUGGCGAUAAGACUAACCUGCAGGGUAUGACGGGCACUGCGCUGGUUGCAGGGAGUCCAAUAAGACAUAAUCAUUCAGUGCCAGGACACCCGGUGGAAGUGCAGACUUAUCAACCACACUGGAAAGCGCUCAGCGAAUUUGCACUCCAGAGUGACUUAGAUCAACCUGCCUUUCAACAGCUGGUCUCUUUCUCGGAAUCCGGUUCUUUAGGAAACUCAUCGGGCAGCGACGUGACGUCUCUUUCAUCACAGUUACCAGACACACCGAACAGUAUGAUACCGAGCCCGGUGGAGACGUGAGAACGACUGCUCGUCUGAUGGCCAAUCAUGCUCUCCGAACCCAUCAUGAGAUCAGCUCAUCACUGGCGUGGGACAUUUUAUUACCAUCACCAGACAGCUCCAUCAGACGUGUUUCAACAAACUGCACUGAGAAACAUUUUUUUCCCGAAAUACGACACCAAAUCCACGAUGGGUCUGGAAGUAAAAUGAUGCAAACUAGUAAUUUGCAAUGUAAAUGUACCUUAAAUAAGGGACAUUGUUCACUCGAAAUGGAUAUUCUUAUUCGUUAUGAUCGUUGUGUAUGUGGCAUGGAUAUUUUGGAUAUUUUUUGGGGAUAUAUCUUUUCAAAAGACUCGAUUUCAGAAGAUGGGAUUUUUUUCCCCGUUAUGAAAUGUAACGGAUGACCAUUUGAGUCUCUGCAACUUAAAACAAUUAAAUUAUUGUUAUUUAUUGUCACAUCAAUUCGCAAAAAAAAAAAUAAAUAAAUCA